GCGGCGGAGCCGGCAGCGGCGAGGCAGGCGCGGCGGGAUGCGGUCCCGCCGCCGCGGGGGGGCCGGGCAGCCCCCCUGGCCCGUGCCCAGGAUGCUGGUGCUGUGCCUGCUGUCCCUGGUCUGGCUCAGUGAGGGCUCCCAGCGCAGUGAGCCCAUGUUCACUGCUGUCACACACCGCCUCCUCCCGCCUGACUACGACAGCAACCCCACACAGCUCAACUAUGGCGUGGCUGUCACUGACCUGGAUGCUGACGGUGACUUCGAGAUCGUCGUGGCAGGGUACAAUGGUCCCAACCUGGUGCUCAAGUACGAUAAGCCUCGGGGACGGCUGGUGAAUGUGGCGGAGGACGAGCAGGGCUCCCCAUACUAUGCACUGCGGGACCGGCAGGGCAAUGCCAUCGGUGUGACAGCCUGUGACAUCGAUGGGGACGGCCGUGAGGAGAUCUACUUCCUCAACACCAACAAUGCCUUCUCUGGCAUGGCCACCUACACAGACAAGCUCUUCAAGCUCCGCAAUGGGCGCUGGGAGGACCUCCUGAGCGAUGAGGUGAACCGGGAUGUGGCCAGCCGCUUCGCCGGGCGCUCCGUUGCCUGUGUGGACCGGACGGGCUCCGGCAGGUACUCCAUCUACAUCGCCAACUACGCCAGCGGCAACGUGGGCCCCCACUCGCUGAUCGAGAUGGAUGUGGCUGCCAGUGACCCUGCCCGCGGCGUCGUGGUGCUGGUGGACGUGGCCGCGCAGGCUGGCGUCAGCAAGUACACAGGGGGCCGUGGGCUGGCCGUGGGCCCCAUCCUGAGUGACAGCGCCUCUGACAUAUUCUGUGGUAAUGAGAACAGCCCCAACUUCCUCUUCCACAACCGGGGGGAUGGAACGUACCGGGACGUGGCAGCUGCUGUGGGGCUGGAUGACCCCUACCAGCAUGGACGUGGAGUGGCGCUGGCUGACUUCAACCGCGAUGGCCGGGUGGACAUUGUCCAUGGCAACUGGAAUGGGCCACACCGCCUCUACCUGCAGACCGGGGCCCCCGGGCGCGUCCGAUUCCGGGACAUCGCCACCCCCAAGUUCUCCAUGCCAUCCCCUGUCCGCACUGUCAUCGCAGCAGACUUUGACAAUGACCAGGAGCUGGAGGUUUUCUUCAACAACAUCGCUUACCGUGGUUCCUCUGCCAACCGCCUCUUCCGGCUCAUCCGCAGGGAGCACUCAGACCCCAUAAUGGAAGAGCUGAAUCCAGGAGAUGCGCUGGAGCCCGAGGGACGAGGCACAGGGGGUGCAGUGACGGAUUUUGAUGGCGAUGGGAUGCUGGACCUCAUCCUAUCCCAUGGAGAGUCCAUGGCACAGCCGAUCUCUGUCUUCAAGGGCACCCAGGGCACCACCAACAACUGGCUGCGUGUGAUCCCACGCACCCGCUUUGGGGCCUUUGCGCGGGGAGCCAAGGUGGUGCUGUUCACACGGCGCAGCGGGGCCCACCUGCGCAUCAUCGACGGUGGGUCCGGGUACCUCUGUGAGAUGGAGCCCGUGGCACACUUCGGACUGGGGCACGACAAGCCCAGCAGCCUGGAGGUGACCUGGCCGGAUGGCCGCGUCGUGUCACGACCAGUGGCCAGCAGUGAAACCAACUCUGUUCUGGAGGUCCCCUACCCCCUGGACACGGAGAAGCCGCUUGUGCCUGCCCCACUCGAGUGCGGGCAGGGAUUCUCCCAGCACGAGAAUGGACGCUGUGUAGACACAAAUGAGUGCACUGAGUUUCCCUUUGUUUGCCCCCGGGACAAGCCCGUCUGCGUUAACACCUACGGCGCAUACCGCUGCCGCAGCAACAAGCGCUGCGGCCGGGGCUUCGAGCCCAAUGAGGAUGGCACAGCUUGUGUGGACAUUGACGAGUGUGCCCAGGGCUUGCACAACUGCAGCCAGCUCUGCACCAACACCCCUGGGGCAUUUGCCUGCCACUGCCACAUGGGCUUCCACCCACUUGAUCCUGCUGCCAGCCAGUGCCUGGAUGUAGAUGAGUGCCAGGCACAGCCUGGCCCCUGCGAACACAUCUGCCACAACAGCCACGGCUCCUUCCACUGUCACUGCCGCCGCGGCUUCUCCCUGGGUGCAGGUGGGCGCUGCCGGCACAACUAGCCCACCCAGCACAGCCAAGUGCCCCCUGCUCACCCCCAGCACCGUGCCAGCUGAACCCAGUGCUAGCUGAAUA